AUGGCGGCGGCGGGAGGCUCGGCUGGCUGGCUCGCUCGCUCGCUGCCCCGGCGCUCGGCCCGUCGGCGCCCGCGCCCGCGCCCGCUGCGGCCUCCACAGGAAGUGCCCGGCGGCCGGCCUCGCUCCCCGGCGGCGGCUCCGGCGGCUGCCACCCGCCAGAGACACGGCCAGCGGCCAGGUCCGGCCCGGGAGGCACGGGGCCCGUGUCUGCCUCUGGCUCGUAGGGUGACCGGGGUACCUCCAGAUGUGACCUCCUGGGUGCCCGCAGCUCCUCUGGGCCUGGGUGGCUCCCUGUCCAGAAUGACGGAUGAAGUUCAGGCCUGUCCAGUGUUGGGCUCGAUGCACCCACUCUGGAGUCAGACUCCAGAGUUCCAGUCCAUCCAGGCCCUCUCGGUUACUAGUGCUGUAGCCUCAGGCAAGGACCCUGCUCCGAUUUUGGACUGGCUGACUCCUGGGGCCUUGGGGGUGAACCUGGUGGUGGAGGAGACAGAAACCAAAGUAAAGCACGUGAUAAAGCAGGUGGAGUGCGUUGAUGAGCAUCAGGCCGACAAGGCCCUGGAGGAGCUGACGCCACUGCUGAAGCUGCAGCACGCCCACAUCUCCGUCUACCAGGAGCUCUUCAUCGUGUGGAACAGCGAGAUCUCCUCUCUGUUCCUCUGCCUGGUGAUGGAGUUCCACGAGGGAAGCUUCCAGAAUGUCAUUGAGAAGAAGAGGGCAGCAAAGACAGUCAUCGACUCCAAGUGGAUGCAGAACAUGCUGGGCCAGGUGUUGGAUGCACUGGAGUACCUGCACCAGCUGGACCUUCUCCACAGGAACCUCAAGCCCUCCAACAUCGCCCUGGUCCGCAGCGACCACUGCAAACUGCAGGACCUGAGCUCCAACACGCUCAUGACCGACGAAGCCAAGUGGAACGUCCGUGCGGAGGAAGAGCCCUUUCAGAAGUCCUGGAUGGCCCCCGAAGCCCUCAGCUUCUCCUUCAGCCAGAAAUCUGACAUCUGGUCCCUGGGCUGCAUCAUCCUUGACAUGGCCAGCUGCUCCUUCCUGGAUACCACAGAAGCCAUGCUUCUGCGGAAGUCCAUCCGGAGUUCCCCUGACAGCCUGAGGGGUGUCCUGAGGACCAUGGAGGAGAGGAGCGUCCCUGAUGCGAAAAUCUUCGGUGCCCUUUUGCCUCUGAUGCUCCAGGCUGACCCCUUGGAGCGAAUAAACAUCAGGGACGUGAUUGACUUCACCUUCGUGAGCCACGACUUCGGGUCCUCCAGCGCCACCCUGAUGCUGCCCCGGCAGGUGGUGCCUGAGUGCAUCAUUGACACGCUGCUAAAAGGCAACGUGGCCAGCAUCCUAGAGGUCAUGCAGAACUUCUCCAGCCGCCCCGAAGUCCAGCACAGGGCCAUGCAGAGGCUCCUGAGGAUGCCGGAAGAUCAGCGAGGCCUGCCGUGGCCAGCGGAGCUGGUGGAGGUGUUGCUCACCAUCAUGAAGCAGCACAAGAGGACCCUGGACAUACAGCUGUGUGCCUGCUCCCUGCUGCUGCGCACCCUGGGCCAAGCGCUGGCGCAGGACCCGGCGGCCUCGGUGCCGAGCGGCGGCGGCCUCACUCCCGUGCUGCUGGGCCUCCUGCAGAGCCACCCCGGGGAGCAGCAGCUCCUGGUCACGGUCUACAGCCUGCUCACCAUCGUCGCCAGCCAGGGUGGGGACAGUGUCGGGGAGAGGCUGCAGAGGGCCGGGCUGUUUGAGCACAUCCUGGAGCACCUGGGGGCCUUCCCCAGGAACAGGGACAUCUGCAUCAACGGCCUGCGUCUGCUCUGGACCCUGCUGGUGGACGCUGCCACCGUGAACAAGGCCCCCUUGGAGAAAGCCCCGGCCCUCAUUGCUGACGUGCUGGCCACCUACCCGACGGACGCAGAGAUGGCCGAAGCCGGCUGUGCGGUCCUGUGGCUGUUGUCCUUGCUGGGCUGCAUAAAGGAGCAGCAGUUUGAAGAAGUGGCGGUCCUGUUCCUGCAGAGCAUCCGGCUGCGCCAGGACCAAGUCCUGCUGGUGAACCACGCCUACCGGGGGCUGGCCAGCCUCGCGAAGGUGUCUGAGCUGGCGGCCCUGCAGGUGGUGAUGCCCGAGGAGGGCAAGAGCGGCCUCGCCCUCAUCCAGGAGACGUACCAGCUCCACAGGGACGACCCGGAGGUGGUGGAGAGCAUCUGCAUGCUGCUGGCCCGCCUGGCCUCCUACAAGGAGAUCCUGUCUGAGAUGGUGUCCAGCGGCAUCCAGCCCCUGGUCGAGGAGAUCCACGGGCGCUUCACCUCCAGCCUGGUGAGUGUCGGCGAGGCCGACCCGGAGCUGGUGUCGUAUGCACACAGCGUGCUCCAGGGCCUGCAGGAGGCCUCCCAGUCCACCUCCCAGAGUGGGCAGUGGGCCCAGCCCCAGGCGGCCACCCGGGGCCACAGGGCCUCUCCUUAG